CCCCGACACACAGACACUCAGACACAGAGACCCCGCGGCCCCGACGCCCCCCGCCGUCUCUUUUUUGUGCGUGUGUGUGGCCGCCGCCCGCGCGCCCCCGGCCGCCCCGCCGCCCCGCCGCCGCCCCGCAGCCGCCCCGCCGCCGCCCGCGCCCGCGGCCCGCGCGCAGAUGGCGCACUCGGCGGCCACCGCCACCGCCGCCGCCGCCGCCGCCGCGCCGCCGGGCGCGCUGGAGCAGGGCUGCCCCAUCCGCGUGGAGCACGACCGGCAGCGCCGCCAGUUCACCGUCCGGCUCAACGGCUGCCAUGACCGGGCUGUCCUGCUCUACGAGUAUGUGGGCAAGCGGAUCGUGGACCUGCAGCACACCGAGGUCCCCGAUGCCUACCGCGGCCGAGGCAUCGCCAAGCACCUGGCCAAGGCUGCCCUGGACUUCGUGGUGGAGGAGAACCUGAAAGCUCACCUCACGUGCUGGUACAUCCAGAAGUACGUCAAGGAGAACCCCCUGCCGCAGUACUUGGAGCGCCUGCAGCCGUGACCGCGCCAGGGGCGGGCACAGACUGAGUUGUCCCUGCGGGGUGGGCGGGGGCGUGCGUCCACGGGCCCCCAGUCAGGCUCCCGGAGGCGGCUGGCUGAGGAUGGGCGACGUGCCUGGGAGCAGGGCCGAGGGGCGUCCAAGGCUCCCAGUGGCCCGCGGACCCCAGCCUGCCGCCAGCGCCGUCGCGCAGGGCCCCACCCCCACCCUCAAUCCCCCACCCUGGGGCGGCCUGGGUCCCGCCUUCUGUGACCACCCCCUCCCCUCGGGGCUGUCUUGUCUGUGCUCGAACCAGGAAGGCAUCCCCUGAAGUCAAAAGGAGCAAUAAGAAACCUCGCGUGCCAACUUCCGAGGGCGGUCACGCCGCGCCCCGGCUGCCACCAGCGCUCACCACCACUCCAUCCCACGCCCACGCCCACCCCCGCCUUCCCAGAAUCCUGUGUCCCAGCAGGUGCCGCGCGGCCAGAGCCAGCGCCCACGGACGCUGUUUAAGAGCCAAGGAGAGCCGGGACUGAGCGCCAGCCCAGGCUCAGCCGCGCACACUCACACACGCACAUGCACGCACGCACACAUGCGAACAUGCGGGACAUGGAGGUCCCCGCCCCCACCGGCCCGUCCACCAGGAGCCAGCUCCAGGGGCUGAGCUCAGGCGGCUGUGGGGCCCAAGGAUACCUUGGGGCUUGGAGGUGGGGCAGGGGGAGAGUGGCCUCGGCCCUCCUAUGGGCAAGGGGGGGCGUUUCUGUUGGUUUUCUCAGGUCCCAGGGUCUCCACCCUUUCUGUACCCAGUGCUGGCGCUGAGACCCCUGCUCUACUUGGUCCCCAUCCCAGCCACGUGUGCACGGGCGCUCUCUCACCAGUCUGAGCAUGCGCACACACGCACAGCGCUACGGACUAGCAGUGGUUGUCGUCCCUAGCCCGUGUCACCCAGGGCUGCAGGAGGCCCGCUCCGCUGUCCCAUGUGCCCUCCCAACCAAGCAGGUCAAGGAGAGAGCAGGCCACGGGCUCGGGAGGGGGUCCCUCGUUGGGAUCACCCCCUGUCCCCCCAACACACACACACACACUGCACAGACUCCCCAAUGCCUGUGGCACAGUGACCUGGCGAGGAGUAGCCAGGAGCCACCUGACCUACACUGUGUCCCCUAACAGGUGACUGUGCUCCAAGUACUUGACCAACGGGCCUUGGGGUCCCGCAGGGGAGACCCUCCCCGCUCCCAUCCACCCCUCAGCCAACAUAUCCUGACGGCCAUGGCUGGCCUGUCCUCUGGUGCUAUCCCAUCCCCUCUGGCGUCCCAGCCUCACCCGCACCCCGCCCCGGCCCGAGACGCCCCAGGAGCCCUCUGGUCACUGGGGGCCAGUACACGGCUGGGACGAGACCCUCGGCAGGGGCAGGGGCACGAGGUUGGACACUGCUCCUCCUCGGCCGGUGGGAACAGGUGAGGACUUGCGUGCCUUUCUACUCAGGACCUGCCGUGGGCCCCGGCUGCUCCCUGCACCUGCUCAUUGCGUGAUGCCUGUCUGGAAGGGGCAUGGCUCGCCACCAACUCCAGGGCCGGAGCUGGGGGAGGGGCGGGCAUGGAGGUCCACGUGCAGGCCCGGUCUCACUCUGACAGCCGUCACCCCACUUUUAACAGCCAGGGAGCUCUGGGGUGUGACCAAGGAGCAGGCGGGCUCGGCAGGUGUCCUGCUGUGGUUCUAUUUAACCUGGAGGGGAAGUGGCCUCGCCUUCCAGGUGAGAGCAUGGGGUGCGGCAGCAUCAGAUCCCAGCCCCCCCCCCACGCCCAUCCCUGGCCCAGCAGCCUGGAGCCGCCACAGGCCAGGUCAGCGCAGGCCCUUGCCUAGGGAUUUUUUUUUUCCCUCCUAGGUAGGGUCAAGGCCACCCUCACUUCUCUCUCCCAGCUGUUCCUGGAGCUGCCAGCUGCUAGGUCUGUUGGACAAAGGAUAAGACUUAGGCUCCGAAGGGGGCGGGGGUGUGAUCACAGGCCUACACAGCUGGAGCGGCCCUGGGGUACAAACCUGCCCCUGCUGUCUCCCCCCCACCCCUUGCCCAUGGCACCCCUGGGCUCCUGUGUUGCAGGGUCUCAGCAUCUAGGUGACAGGUGGCCACAGAAAGCAAUAAACAGAUGCAGGUGCGGGUCCCCUGCUCCCUUGCAAGGCAGCCAUGGGGCUGUGCACGCGAGCAACAGGUGCGUGGCUGGGCUGCACGCAGCGGGACCCCGGAGCGGCUGCCCUCGCUCCCACACCCCUCCCCGCCCCCAUCAGCCCAGGACUCUCAGGCUUGUCCCCGUGCACCCCAAGAGUCUCUGUGCUAUUCUCAGGGUGUCACUCCUUCCAGAUCAGUGCCCAGAAUUCCACACCAGAGAUCCGGCGAGGCUGUGAGUUCUCGCGUUGUGACUGCGGCCCGCGCAGGGUCGGAUGGAGGGUUUUCCGUUUUUUGUUUUUUUUUGUUUUUUUCCAGCUGUAUCCGUCUUAACGUCUGCGAGAUAUUAAAGAGAUUUCUUUCCUGGUUGUCGAGGA